AUGCCCACCCCUUCUUCCCUCUUGCCUCCACCAUCAUCUUUCAACCUGGCCCCGGCCAUUUCCGAGUGAGUCGACCGUAUGGCACAGCCAUUGAAAGGUAUGGCUGAAGCGUUACAAGCCGCCGGCAAAGACACCGCCAGCGUCCGGCGGGACCAAUGCGCGGUCAAAACAAACACGAAGCAGAGAGAGGCGCACGUCACAUCUUGGCAACGCUAA